AUGAGCGCCCAAGCAUACUACGAGCUCUACCGCGGGAGCAGUCUCGGCCUCUCCUUGACCGACACCCUGGAUGAUCUGAUCAACGAUGGCCGCAUCGAGCCGCAGCUGGCGAUGAAGAUUCUCUCCACCUUCGACAAGGUGAUAACCGAGGUGCUCGCGGAGAAAGUGCGAGCCCGGUUGACCUUCAAGGGCCAUCUGGAUACCUACCGCUUCUGCGACGAAGUGUGGACAUUCCUCAUCAAGGAUGUCAACUUCAAACUGGAUAAUCAGACGAUGGUUACGGCGGAUAAGGUGAAGAUCGUGAGCUGCAAUAGCAAGCGGCCUGGCGAAGCGUAA